GAAUCCAGGCAUAAAGACGAUUUACAUUGAUAAGUUGGCAAGAUUCUGACGUGAUAAUCUCUUGAAUGAAGCGGAGUAAUCUACCAGGAAUACAUUUAGUAUCUUACGCCUUGCAAGCGAAUAAUGCGAGCACGUCCACGUCCAACCCUACGAUUCCACAAGACAACUUCGCCAUGAUCGCAUGCUGCCACCCUUUGGGCACUGGCUUGAGUGCUUCGCUAGUUUCAAAUGUUACCGGCAGGCCCCUCACUGUGAUACACUCUCCCUCAGGCGUGACCAGAGCGAUGAAAAUGAUUCCCGCAUCAUACGUCGACGGCCUAACCCUCUUCACGUCUUCGCCUAACCGCUUGCGGUCGAAAGGAGAUACCAUUUGGACCUCCAUACACGACGCAACCCCUCUUCUCGUGGGCAGUAGGGUUUGUGGAAAUGUCCAGAAUGGCAAGGAGGGCGUCAAUGAGGGUAGGCCAAUGGCGUUGGAUCCAUCGGCAGAAAUAUUGGUAGACACAUUCGCCAUUAAAUUGGGCAUUGACGAUAUCUCGCUCGUGCGCCAUCUCCUUGCAUGCCUUCUGAUGAUUGGGCCAGUCGUUUUUCUGGCAUUCUUUGGACUACUGCAUUGUCAACUUUUGUCUCAGUAUAGUAAAAUAAAGAGGAAAACCUACACAGUAAUGCAUUACUUUACACCGACUACAGGCACGUAAACGUGCUCCCAUCGUCUCUCGACUCUCACCACAUAGUCGAUAGCUGCACUGGUCAUAAGACCGAUCAAUGUUCUUGUUUGGAGCCAUUUCGAUGUCAAUUAGUGGAAAACGACAAUUCGGAAUCAAACUUGGAGACUACU